AUGGCCAUGGAGACUCUUCCCUUGCUCAAUCUACCCGAUGGCGUCAGCAUCUGGACGGCGCAUGAUCUGGAUAAUGUUAAACGACGCACUCUGAAAGGGAAUCCUGACGAUGAUGCGUUUAAGCAAGGCCUCUUUAGCACUAUUAAUACUCUUGGCGCACGGAGCCAAUUGUCGCAAAAUCUUGUCGUGCCGCUUACUACCGUCUCCCGCCUGCACGAGAAUAGCUCCUAUACUCUUUAUUUACUUAUCCACGAGGGCCGUGGUGUUGGGAUACUCAAGGUUGGUUUGAAGAAACUUUUCCUAACACACCCGGCAACACGCCGGAUGGUGGAAGUCGAACCAACCUGUGUUUUAGACUUUUACGUUGAUGAAUCCUGCCAGCGGCGUGGGUUUGGCAAGCACCUCUUCAGCACAAUGAUUGAGAGGGAGAAUAUAGACCCUGGACGGAUCGCCAUUGAUCGACCAGGACCAAAAUUUUUAAGCUUUUUGGACAAACACUACGGUCUCAGGUCCUAUAGCCCACAGGCAAAUAAUUACGUAGUUUUUGACAGUUUUUUUGACGGUACCUACGUAACCGAGAGGGGUAUGCUCAGGUGGGGCACCCCCCCCCUGUCUAAUCAGGAUUCGAUAUAUGGUUCAGCGAUGGGCUUCAGUACACGAAAAAACUAUCACCCGAGUGCACACACGCUCUUCGAUUUCGAGGACGAUGAUUUCACACGUAAGCACAGCCUUACCGGCAGAAGUGCACUCGGGAGAUUUGAUCCGUAUUACGGACUGCCGACCACAAACGUGACUUAUGGCCUUCCAAUGCGUCAUAGGUCUUUCCUCAGGCGAAAUUCCUUUCACCGACAAAUCCCAUCCACCUACUCCCAGGCCUCCGGCUUCUCCACCCGCCCACUUUCGAGGCUGAGUCUUGCGACCCUUUCCAGGGCCCCCUCGGUGGCGCCGAUGAUGAUCCCGCUCACCGCGCGCACCUCCCAGACGGACGCGCUUUCCGCGCGGCUUUCCCGACGCCUCAGCCUCCUGAGUUCUUCCUCCGGCGGGAGUUCGCGCAGUCCCGUGGUGGAGGGCUCCACACUAUGGGAUUGGCCGCACCACCUUCCCCUCUCCCGGAGAUGGAGCCUCCGGGACGACCGGGAACCAAGCGAGCCGCAGGGGGGAUGGACCAUUCCUGCGCGACGUACCCCCAGCGGCCGGUACAUCCCCACGGAGAGCGGGGUGGCGUAUGACAUCAUCACGGGGGUUCCAUUGUAG